AUCAUCGAUUCAUGUGACGUAAAUUUCGUGUAAUUCUUGUAGUGAGUAAGUAAUUGUCAAAGUUAAAAAGCUUUCGUGAAAGUGACAGCGAAGAAACAUAAGUGUCAUAAUAAAAGGAAUCUCAAUUUGAAAAUGCCGGAGAAUAAGGAUAAGAGUGCAAAAUCAUUCAAACAACGAAAGAGUUUUGCUACUAGAAAAGAAGAGGUUGCAGGCAUCAGAUCCAAAUUCCCAACAAAAGUUCCAGUCAUUGUGGAACGAUAUUACAAAGAACAAAGCCUUCCAGUGUUGGACAAGACCAAGUUUCUAGUGCCUCAAGAGCUCUCUAUGUCACAGUUUGCUACUAUCAUACGGAAUCGGAUGUCGCUGAAAGAAAACCAAGCAUUUUACCUAAUCAUCAACAACAAGAGCAUAUCAUCAAUGUCUGUCACACUAGCAGAGAUAUAUCGAGAUGACAAAGAUGAAGACGGCUUUCUCUACAUGACCUAUGCAUCACAGGAAAUGUUUGGCUAAAAUCGUUGUAGUUUUUACAUCAUGUACAGAUUUAUAAUUAUAUCCUGAUGAAAGUGCUAUGUUUAUGAUAUUGAUGUCCUGUGGUCAUCAUGUGUAAAUAUGGUCUGAUAUGUACUUACAUGGUCACAGAUGUGUUGUUAUAAAUUCUAUUAGAACAAUAAUGUACGCGUCUGCAUAGUUGCAUGAUAUAAAUGUACGGGGGGAGGGCACAAAAUGGUAAUGUGUCUCCGACUUAACGCUGUUCUAUAUAGCUAUUUCCAUUUCCUUUACAGACUGAAUGAUUAAGACAAUUAUGUACCUAAGACACUUAACUGUUCUGUUAUACUUGACAUUGAUGUGUUUAUGAGUGGGACAUUUUUAUUGAAUAUCAUGUUAAUCCUUAAUUAGUUCAAACAUGGUCAGCUAGCAUCCUUGGGUAGUAUGCUUACUAAGAAUUCAAGGAUCAAAGGUUUGAUCCAAGGAACAGGAACCUAACUUAGUCUUGAAAUCCUUUCUUCGGCUAUUCUCUGACUACUUUUCAUGCAUUUGCACUCUCCAAUUUAAUAAACAAAGUGAAUUAGUUCAUUAAUAAAUUAGAUGUUAGCUAAAUAUGUAUUAAGAUUGAAUGUGGUAUCAAAAGUCAAUCAUUAAUUCAUAUGAGCACAUAAUAUUGAGUAUGAAUUUAAAUAAGAUAUUGGAGGAAAAUCGAUGUUGGUUGCUUGAUUUAUCAUCGAUUCUGUAAAGUCCAUGAUAAUGUUUGAUUGUUCUACAUUUUAUCUGUGCCUGGGAUCUGAAUUUUUUGCCUUGAGUGAGAAAAUGUGGCAAGAAAGGUGUGGCUAUGUGCAGCACAUCAUUGAUAGAGCACAUAAUUAUGCCUUUAAGCCAUUGAUCAUUAUCCCCACGCUUUUUGAAAAGCCUGGGGAUAUUAUGGUUAUCUCUACCGUCUGUCCGGUUGUCCAUCUGUCUGUCUGUCUGUCCGUCCUGGCCACUAUCUCCUCCUACACUAUACGCACUAAAACCUUGAAACUGACACACAUGGAAGCUAUGAGCAUAUGUGCGACCCUGCACUAUUUGGAAUUUUGAUCUGACCCCUGGGUCAAAAGUUAUGGGGGUUGGAGCGGGGCUGGGUCAGAUAUUUUCACUCAUUUUUUUAGGUAAUUUUUCUAAAAUUUCUUCAUUUCUACACAGAUUGUCUUCAAAUUGAUACCGAACCUCUCAUAUGACAAUACGGUCAAUCUCAACUACGCAUGGCCACAUUACCAACCCUGGGGCGCCCCGCCCACAUAGGCCACACCCACCCAAAAUUGCAGUUUUACUAUAAUUUCUUCAUUUCUACACCGAUUCACUUCAAAUUGAUACUGAACCUUUCUUAUGACAAUACCGUAAAUCUCAGCUAUGCAUGGCCCCAUUACCAACCCUGGGGCACCCCGCGCACAUAGGCCACGCCCACCCAAAAUUGCCUUUUAAUUUUUUCAUUUCUACACCGAUUCACUUCAAAUUGAUACUGAACCUCUCUUAUGACAAUACGGUCAAUCUCAACUAUGCAUGGCCGCAUUACCAACCCUGGGGCGCCCUGCCCACAUAGGCCACGCCCACCCAAAAUUGCAGUUUUACUAUAAUUUCUUCAUCCCUACACCGAUUCACUUCAAAUUGAUACUGAACCUCUUUUAUGACAAUACAGUCAAUCGCAACUAUGCAUGGCCCCAUAACCAACCCUGGGGCAGCCCACCCACAUAGGCCACACCCAUCCUAAAUUGCCUUUUACUAUAUUUUUUUCAUUUCUACACCAAUUCACUUCUUAUUGAUACUGAUCUUCUCUUAUGACAAUACGGUCAAUCUCAACUAUGCAUGGCCCCAUUACCAACCUUGGGUCAAACAUGCGGCGUGGGGAUACGCGUCGGCCUCUGCCGCGCCAUUUCAAGUUCUUAUUGUAUGUGUGUAUAUGUAAAAAGUAGAGUGAGAUGAGCUCAAUGCUCUACACAAACAUGUGCAUUAACCCUUUCCCACCCAGAAGCAAAGUGAAAAUGGCUAUAUGCAAACAGCAUAAAACCAGAACAGCCUGCGAGUAACUUGCAGUUUGUUCAGGUUUUAUGCUGUUUGCUGCUCAUCAGUAUCUAAGGGUUGGAAAUGAAGCCUUUAAAACUUGAAUCUAGUAAGAAAGGUCUUUAGUUAAAUUUUGCUUUCUAAGGGACUGCAAAUGCGUCAAAAUAGGUAUCUAAGUGGUUAAGGGUUAACUCUUUCAGUGCUGGAACCGAAUUUUGAAGGCCUUUGCAAACAGUUUGGAUCCAGAUGAGACGCCACAGAACGUGGCGUCUCAUCAUGAUCCAAACUGUUUGCUAUUCUGAUAGUAUUCUUUGAAAAAAAAAACGCAGAAAAUGCUUAUUUUACAAAUUCAGCAGACAACAUUUUAGCAGACAACAAAUUUCCCAGCAUGCAAACGGUUAAUGGUGCAUAAGAGACGCGCUCUGGGAAAAUCAGGCUUAAUACAUGUUUGUAAACUAAAAGUAUCCUUCCAGAUUGGCUUGAGCAUUUUGCACAUGCUAUUCAGGGACGACACUCUUCGCCUUUACUGAAUUGUCUUUCAGAUGAGACUUCUUUUUAAAUGAAAAAGUCUAUAAAGCAAAAAGUAUUGUCCCAUAUUAACCUUUUGCGGAAUGUAGAGGCAUAUCUUGGACAAUACUCCACACGUAUGCAUGAAGCCUGGUUGUUCCAGAAAAGGUUUAUUUAUAAUUGCAUGUUGUCCCUAUCUUGACAAAGAUGAGAAUAACAAAUUACAAUUGGCAGUCUCAUAAUUGUAAUUGAAUGUCUUGCAUUGAAACUACAAACAUAUUUAAAAUGUUGUCCAAAAAGGUGCAUUUUAUUUAUAAAAGUUGUUAAUAUUUUGAUAAAACAAAGAUCAUCUAAGGAUUCUGUGACAUUUCAUAGUAAAAUCAUUGUUCUUCCAAUGGGCAUACACUAUCUGUAUUAUCUUACUUUUAAAGCUUUUGCAAGAAAUUGAACUUAAAACACAACAGAAACUACUGCUUAGCUUUUAAAGAAUAAAAAAAAAACACCUGAAAAGAAAUAAUUUAUAUUUUAUAAAUAUGAGAAUCUGUAUGUCUAUAUCAGGCACUAACUGUGUUUACAAGCAUUGUUUCAAACAUAAAACAUGAACUUGAGAAAUCAUAGUGAAACUUGUGCCUUGUAUCUGGUCAAAUAGGGACUUUCUUUUGUCACCUUUUCGAGUUGAUUGCUUUUUGUGAUAAAAGAUUGCUCUGUCUCUGUAUUGAUUGUAGUUGUCUCCCAUUAGUUGUCUCCCGUUAGUUGUCUCCCAUUAGUUGUCUCCCAUUAGUUGUCUCCCAUUAGUUGUCUCCCAUUAGUUGUCUCCCAUUAGUUGUCUCCCAUUAGUUAAUAAAUACUGAACAAACUUACGAGAUUCCAUGUUAUGUAUGCAUUUAUGUAACUUGUCAUAUGAUUAUUAAGUAAUGGGUAAGCCUUCAUAUGGUGAAACAGUAUGCAUAUGUAUGUAUAUCUACAACCAAGUGAAUAUUGUUUAUAAGUUGAUUUAAUGAUUUUUGUACUAUUUUUAGAAACUUUUACUAUUUUUCAGAAACUUUUGCUUUUGUUCCCUCACUGAAAAUGAAGAUUAUUUGUAUAUGUAUGUUCUUUUGUUACUAACAAAGCUAAAUAUUAUUUAGUUAGAUAAUACUUAAAAUACUUUUAUACAUUAUAGGCUGUUGUCAAAGUUGAUACAUGUAUUAUACACUAGCUCAAGAUGAUGGGUGUUAACUUCAUGAAUAUUUUAUUUUGUUUUCACUCAUAGUCAGUACAAUUUCAUCUCCCAUAAAAUUUUAUGUAUUAUCAAUCACUUUCUUUAUCUUUUUUGUACAUUACCUUUAUCAUUACACUUUACGCAAAUAUUGUGCAAUAGCAAAACUUUUUUCCCAAAUGUUCUUAAAGGGACUUGUUCACAGUUUGGAAAAAUGACAAUUAAAAAUAUGUCUGAUUCAAAAACUCAAAAUAACAUGCUUGACUGAGAAAAAUGUUAAACAAAUAUGUGUUCACUCAUUGAUAAUUAUCAAUGGAAUUUUUUUUUUACAAUGUAAUGCUUUGCAUAGAUAAUUUUGCAAAAAUCUGAAUUACCAAACAUUGUUUUCACUAUGUUUCAUAUUCAAAAGAUGUAUAAAAUUCAUGGUGUAUUGGUGAAAGGUUUGCUUUUUCUUUAAGUCCCUGGUUUGAUCCUCAGGACAGGAACCUUUUUUAUUUGGUCUUUUUUUGAGUUUUUUUAGUUAUUUAAAACUGUUCCAAAAAGUAACCUUUUGUAUGGAAAUUAAUUUUAUUUAUAUUUGUCAAAAAUACAAAAAUCUGUGAACAAGUCCCAUUUAAGGAAUAAACAAUUUGUGUUAUUUAAAUGUAUUUUAAAUUGAAUACUUCUAUUUUCUCAAUCUUGUAUUUUGUAGGUUUAAAUAUUAAUAUGUGAUCACACUUGCUUUGCAUUCUGUCCUAUCAUUUUGUUUGGGGACUUUGUUUUGAGUUUGUUUAAAUGUUACAUGACUUUGGUCAUAUGUCUGUGAUAAGAGAAAUGAGCAGUGCUCUGUGAAAAAGGGGCUUAAUGCAUGUGCGUAAAGUGUCGUCCCAGAUUAGUCUGUGCAGGUUGCACAGGCUAAUCAGGGCUGACACUUUCCGCCUAAACUAGAUUUUCGCUAAGAAGAGACUUUCUUUAAACAGAAAAUAUAAUAAAAUUGGAAAGUGUUGUCCCUGAUUAGCCUGUUCAGACUUCACAGGCUAAUUUGGGAUGAAACUUUACCCACAAGCAUUAAAUCCCCUUUUCACAGAGCAUGGCACAAAUAUAUUUGGAGAAGUUUUGGUAUACACAAUGUUCAACUGUAUGUUUAGUAGUUGAAUAAAGGUUGUAAUUAACUGCAUUUAGUAAUUAUAAAUCAGUAGAGCAAUUGUUGUAUGUGUUAAGUAUUGCUUCUGUGUGAAAUGUGAUGCCAUUAUAUUGAUGCAAAUGGAUAUUCAUAAAAAAAUGUGCAAAAACUUGUGAAAUGUCAUAGAUUAAUUGUAUAUUUUGUCUGCAUUAUAAAAAUACUAUUAUGGA